AUGCGGCGGCUCGACGGCGCCGGCGCCGGCUCUGGGGCUUCGGGUCCAGCAGCGUCGCCGUCACCUCAGCCUACUGGUACUGGUGCUGCUCCGCCGCUGCAGCGUCUUCCCGUGAAUCCACGUCGACACAAGGUUGCUCCAGAACGGCGCAAACGCGUUGUAACAGCGUGCAAUGCCUGUAAUAUCCGCAGAGUACGCUGCUCAGGCGAACGUCCUUGUCGCCAGUGCAGCUCGUCCUCGCGUGAAUGCGUGUAUCCCGUGCCCGUUGAAAAGGUCACCAUUACGCGUUCUGAGCUGGAGGACCUGAGGCGCAAGGUCGACCUGUACGAGCGAGCCCUGCAGGAUACGGUACCCGAAGCCAUCUCCAGCGCCGUGCCUGAUGCCACGAGGCGCCACGAGCUGCUCAGCUUACUUGGUCGUUCGGACCCUUAUCAGGCUACUGGGGGCUUGGCCGCAAGUGAAGCAGCCAGGACGCCACUGUCCAGCGUGCAGCCUAGUGUUAUCGCUGUGACGGCGGCUGUCGAUGGUCAGGUUCAGCUCGUCCGGGCACCAUCUGAACUCCCUCCGCCUCAGCAAACCGACCUACAACGGCAAUACCAGCAUCAGCCGUUGCCCCAAGUUCAAUUCCAGGAUACCCCAUUCCCUCAGCUUGCCGCGCCUCCCAUUGUCCAAGUUCAUCACCAUCGACAGGACGAUGAAGAUGGCGUAUCGACUGAGGGCCGGUUGCUUCACGAUCCUGAUGGACACGCCCGCUUCCUCGGCGAGACAAGCGGCGCAACGUUUCUCGACUACUUGAAGGAAUUCAUGACAACCGUCCUACCUCUCGCAUAUCAGAAUCUUCGUCCAGGUUCUGACGGCAGUGCAUUCUUAUCCAGCCUUGGCCGCUAUCAAACAUACGACUCACGACCUUUACACGACCGAGAUGUCGACCCUUUCUGGUUCCCUCCCCGGCCUGAAAUGGAAUAUAUGCUCUCCGAGCUACGAUGCUUCCUCCAGGACGGUAACGGUAACUGGCAAAGCGGAGGUAUCUACUGGUGGGGAGACCUCUCAUCAGCGCCCAUCCUCCCUCCCAUGGAACGAGACACUCCUCUCGCCCGCUUAAACAAGUGCCGCCAUCUCGCCUUCUAUCAUACUGCCUUUGCCGUCGUGUCUCAAGCCACUGCGACACCACCCCAGGACUUGACUGUAGACUCUCAUCUGAGCGAGUACUACUUCAGUCGUGCCCGCCUUCUUCUAGGAAACCCCCUCGACAUUACACGGUUCACCGGCAACGAGGUGUCGACGUUAACAUUAAUGGGCUUCUACCUGAUCGAGAUGAACCGUCGAGAUGCCGCCUACAUGUGUGUUAGCAAUGCCAUGCACAUCAGCAUCAUGCAUGGAGCCCACCGAGUAUGGGCAGACGAGGGUGGUAAAAGAGCCUUCUGGACACUCUACGUCCUCGAUCGAUACUUGAGCUGCCUAAUGGGACGCCCCCCUACUAUCAUGGACGAUGCCAUCCGACUUCAACUUCCAUGCGACGCCCCAGGAAUGCCUCCCGCCGAUGGCCUAAAAGCUCAUGUUGAACUUUCGCGUAUAUCCGGACAUAUUGUGUGCAACACAUAUCGUGUUUCUCCAUGGGAUGGCAACACAGGGCCGGUUAGGAACCUUGAAGAGGCCAUCAGACUGCUUGAUGAGUGGAAUCUUAAUCUCCCUCCCUCUCUUCAACUCUCAAGUACAGGGUUGAGCGAUGAUCCAGCUUGUUGUCUGCUACAUAUGAGCUACAACCAGCUGAUCAUAUUAACCAUUCGGCCCCUCUUCUUUGCUACAGUGAAGAAAUCAUUUGCAGAAAGACUAGUCACGCGACAAUGUUCUCUCCGUUCCCAUCCCCAGCUCCCUCAACUCAAACGCUGCACCGCCGCAGCAGACCACAACAUCCGCCUCGCCCGCCAGAUCCUAGCCCUCAAUCACCCCCGAAAGCUCCUCCAGGCCGGUCUCCACUUCAUCUUCAACGCCGCCAUAUGCUUGAUGCUGCGGGAGCUAGUAGUAGAUGACGAGGUCGCCGAGCCUAGGGAUAAGAGAGUCCUAUGUCAAGACCUUGACUUUGUCAUUGCCAGGUUCGAGGAUGAGAGUCGGAUUGGGAGCAACUACGGUCGAGACUGCGCAACGGUUCUUCGGGAUCUUCGCGUUCUCGUUGGACGCCUCCGGACGCCAGUCGACACCAAUCUCGAACCGCUACGCUCCAACGCCAUGCCACAGCAGUCUGCCACCACGACCUACGAUCCGAUCGAGAACCGGACCACUGUAGACAUGGGACAACAAUGGCCGGAGAAGUUGACUUCGGAGGCCCUCCAGCAGCCGAUUCUCGUUGAGCAGGGACAUAUCCUCUAUGAUGAGUUGGUCUCUUGGAUUGACGGUGAUUGGCAAUCAUACAGCGGAUAUCUCAUUUAA